UCAGUCUGUAUUCUUCAUUUCGCUGAGUAGCAUAAGCUAAUCUUGCAUUCUCUUUCAUCGAUUUGAUCUUCUGUUAGUUCUGCUACUUGAAUCAAGAAUUUGGAGAAAAUGGCAUUGCAAUUGCAUGUAGGAGAAACAGUGUUUUCCUAUGGACAUUUCAUGUUCCCAACGCCUGUAAACGGUAUCGUGGACACCCAAGGGUUUCUUAAGGCAGCUGAAGGCAUCAACUAUUUUAUAGAUCUUUUUUGUGGCGGUUCAAAGUCGGUGGCAGUCGGACACCCCUUUAACGUAGUCAGCGCCUUGUCAAGUAUGCCUAAAUCAGUGGCUUUGGGUGGCCCUUUGACCCAGCUGGCCCUCGGACAUGUCCGAACUGUCCACAAGGAUGUUAUCUCACACGUGGCCUUAAUUAAUCUUAAGCGCAAUUUGGAACUGGUGUCCAGCGCGUACAACAAUAAUCCAAAAAGGUAUGCUACUAUUAACGAAAUGGUUGAAAACGAAUUGGAAGCUGGAGAGGAUGCAGUGAUUGAUGCGCUCCUUUGGACCAAAAGAUGUCUGCAUUUUGGCCAGUUAACAAUGGAGUAUCUGGUGGCUGAUUAUAAGAGGGGAGACUUUGAUGGCGACGUUUUGCCUCAUUUGAAGCGUGCCUACAAAAAUGCACUUGUCAAAUAUCACAAUAUUUUAACCACCAACUCGGCUAAUGCCGCUAUGUACUUAUCUGCUCCAGGCAAAAGAGAAGCAAUGCUGAAAAUGUGUUUUAAUGUUCGGGGUCAUGAGGCGGCAUUAAUAAGAGACAUGGACCUUGCUGCUGAAAGCAUGAAAAGAACAAUCAGAGCUAUCGACCAAAUCUACAGGACUAAUGGUGUGAACCUUGAAACCACUGAGCGCUGCAUUAUUUUGUGAAAUAAUGAACCAUAAUAAACCAUUUUUAUUUCUAAUCGGAACU